CUCCACCCGCACAGCCACAUAAUCCAACGGCAAGCAUAACGAACUUUCUCGGAAAAGCAGAGAACCACGCCGUAUAGGCCAAAAGCACCAGUCUUUCUUGAGCGAGAAAACAAAAAUUCGUAAUCAAAGCAUCAAGAACACCUCUUCCUCCAAUUCUCUCAGACUGUUGAAAACAAGAUGUGGGCAGCUUCUUGCCUGGCGUCAUGCUGCGCUGCCUGCGCGUGUAAUGCAUGUACGACUGUAGUAUCUGGGAUUAGCAGACGAUCCGCCAGGAUCGCCUACUGCGGUCUCUUUGCUUUGUCUUUAAUCGUUUCCUGGAUUCUCCGAGAAGUUGCGGCUCCUCUCAUGGAGCAAAUCCCUUGGAUUAAUCAUUUUCAUAAGACGCCGGAUAGGGAAUGGUUUGAGACAGACGCGGUUUUGCGUGUUAGUUUGGGGAAUUUUCUUUUUUUCACUAUAUUGGCUAUUAUGAUGGUUGGUGUGAAGAAUCAAAAGGACCCACGUGAUAGUUUGCACCAUGGCGGAUGGAUGGCGAAAGUUGUUUGUUGGUGUCUUUUGGUGAUCUUCAUGUUUUUUCUUCCGAAUGAGAUUGUCAGCUUCUACGAGUCAAUUUCCAAAUUUGGCUCUGGAUUGUUUCUUCUUGUUCAAGUUGUGUUUUUGUUGGAUUUCGUUCAUGGAUGGAAUGACAAAUGGGUUGGAUAUGAUGAACAGUUCUGGUACGCCGCUUUAUUUGCUGUGUCGUUUGUCUGUUAUGUGGGAACAUUUGCCUUCUCAGGACUUCUCUUUCAUUGGUUCACUGCAUCUGGACAGGACUGUGGAUUAAACACUUUCUUUAUUGUUAUGACCCUGAUCUUCGCGUUUGCUUUUGCUAUCAUUGCACUACACCCUGCAGUAAAUGGAAGUGUUUUGCCUGCUUCAGUUAUAUCCUUGUAUUGCAUGUACCUAUGCUAUAGCGGACUUUCCAGUGAACCAAGGGAAUAUGAGUGCAAUGGUCUUCACAGGCAUUCAAAAGCUGUUUCUACCAGUACUCUUACCAUUGGUCUGCUUACAACUGUUCUAUCUGUAGUCUAUUCCGCUGUCCGUGCUGGAUCCUCUAACACCCUGCUCUCCCCACCAAGUUCACCCCGUGCUGGUGCCGACAAACCUUUGCUUCCACUGGACAACAAGCCAAGCGAGAAAGAAGAAAAGGAGAAGGCUAAGCCAGUCACGUAUUCUUAUUCCUUCUUCCACAUCAUCUUCUCUCUUGCAAGUAUGUACUCUGCAAUGCUUUUGACUGGAUGGUCAGCCUCGGUUGGGGAGAGUGGAAAGCUGGUAGAUGUGGGGUGGCCCUCUGUUUGGGUUCGUAUUUUGACUGGGUGGGCAACUGCAGGUCUCUACAUCUGGUCUCUGGUUGCUCCUAUUCUGUUCCCAGACAGGGAGUUCUGAGUCUCCUACUCUCCUCGGUGGAAAGCACUGUAGGGACAAAAAAAAAAAAGAG